AUGGCAGCAAAGAAUCAAGAAGAAAAGCAAGUCUCUAUUGAGUCGACUUCAGUAGCGAAACGAACUCGUGAAGACGGGGGGAACCCCUUCCAGCUCCAGCUACGAUCUCUGGAAGGACUUCUACGAGCGAGAAACCCGGAAGGAGAUCACCGUGUUGGAAAGACAAGAAGCGAGCAACUGGAACAACCACCUGCAGAAGGUCGGUACUCGUAUGGAAAGAUUGAGAAGAACCUAGCGGACCAUCGCGAAUCCGUCAAACAGACUGUAGCCCCGACGAAUCUGGUCAUCAAACUAGAACACGUGGAUGACCUGCUGAAGCAAGUCAUGACGAGUUCAACCGAGAUGCAGUCCAGCCUCGAAGAACAAAUGGAUAACGCGAGGAACCGUAUCCUCAUGAAAAUGGAUGAUAUUUUCAAAGAGACACAGACCGAUGCAGAACCGAAGUCGAAAGGGUCAGCAGCAACGCCGUAA